GCCCCGUACACUUUUGUCAUAGCUUCCAGCUGCUUUCGCAUCGCAACAUCCACGACGCCAGCAACGAAGCCUCAUCAACACCCUCGCUACGAUUUCGCCGGUCCCUCUUUGUGUGCCUAACACUUUACCGGCGCUUUGCACGACUACCUGUUCUUCUAGAACUCCUCGACUUUCCCGUAUCAUCGACAAAAGAGGUGUCCUCUAGAUAAUCAUUUCGUCACCAUGUGGUUGUGGUCUUGGUUCUACGAUAUCCUUUCCAACCUCGGCCUGCUUAACAAGCAUGGCAAGCUGCUCUUUCUGGGUCUCGACAAUGCCGGAAAGACCACUCUUCUACACAUGCUGAAGAAUGACCGCGUUGCCAUUCUCCAACCUACUCUCCAUCCGACUUCGGAGGAGCUUUCCGUCGGCAACGUCAAGUUCACCACUUUCGAUCUUGGCGGCCAUCAACAGGCCCGUCGUCUUUGGAAGGAUUACUUCCCCGAAGUAAACGGUAUCGUUUUCCUCGUGGACGCCAAGGACCACGAGCGUCUCCCCGAGGCCAAGGCCGAGAUCGACGCGCUCCUCUCGAUGGAGGAGUUGGCCAAGGUUCCCUUCGUUGUGCUGGGCAACAAGAUUGACCACCCCGAGGCCGUCUCUGAGGACGAGCUCAGGCAGAGACUCGGGCUCUGGCAAACGACUGGCAAGGGCAGGGUUCCUCUCGAGGGCAUCCGCCCCAUCGAGGUGUUUAUGUGCUCUGUGGUUAUGAGACAGGGAUACGGAGAGGCUAUCAGGUGGUUGUCCCAGUACGUUUAAGGGGUCUGAUGAAAUGAGGAGCAGCACAGGAUGGUUGUCAGGUAAUAACAUUUUGUAAUAUGAUACGAUGAUGACAAUGAAGGAACUGGAGGGUCUCGCGAUAUCAAAAAUUGACGGCCGCAUUUUCACAAUGAACAGAUACGU